UAUAUAUAUAUAUAAGUAGGUGUGAGUAGGAAGUGUACGGUGUGUACAUGUGUAUGUGCAUUAAGCGUGUGUGUAUUGUGUGUUUAUGUUAUUCAACAUAAAACUGCGUUCACGGAACUAACCAACUCAGAAAGACACCAUCAUUUUAAGCCGCCACUACUACCACAACAAAGAUCCGCAUCUUCACCAGCAUCCAUCUGCAUCAUCAUCGUCAUCAUCAUCAUCAUCAUUAUCGACAUCGCACUCAUUUAAUCAUUAUUACCAUCACAUUCUAACUUUACCCAGAGUUUCCAUGGUUUUGUCUGGAUGCUGAGACAAAUAACCUUACAUCUCUGCUGGUGGUGGAUUUAGCUAGUCUAGCUGGCCAUGUACACCACCGCCGCCGCCGCCUCCGCCGCCAUGCUACCAUCGUUGUUACCAGGACUGCGAUAUGGUCGGUCUGAUUCUUGUGUUACCUCACACAGAAAAACAAUGGCUUCACGCUGUGUUCUACGGUCACUCUAUGUAGGGCUAUUCCUCUGGGUCUGUUACGCUUUACCGAUAACAUUGGCCGACAGGAUUAUGGAUGAUCAACCGACAGCACCGAACUCUUGCUAUGAUUCUUUGAACAAACCGAAAAUGUGCGUAGCCGAAUUUGUAAAUAUAGCCUACGGGAAAGAAGUGGUGGCUUCGUCAACGUGUGGCACCCCACCAAGUCGCUAUUGCAAGUCCUCAGUGGACAAAGAUGGUAAAGUGGUCCGAAAUUGUUUCACUUGUGAUGCGGAACACCCGAAGCGCCGACACCCGGCCUCUUAUCUUACGGACAAUAAUAACUCAAACAAUCUCACCUGUUGGAUGUCUGAGCCCUUCGUACAGUACCCGAAAAAUGUUACCCUUAAGUUGUCACUGGGUAAAAAAUAUGAACUUACAUAUAUUCUACUCCAAUUCUGUUCGGCCAAACCUGAUUCGAUGGCCAUUUACAAAAGCAUGGAUUUCGGCCGCUCAUGGAUACCCUUUCAAUAUUAUUCGCGCAACUGCAUCAAAAUGUACGGGAAAAAACCUGGAGUGGUGAUCACGAAGGCUAACCAACAGGAAGCACUGUGCAGUAACGUGCACAGCAAUAUAAAUACAUCGGGGGGUACAAGAGUAGCGUUCAAUACCCUGGAGAACCGACCCGCGGAUUUCGAUAACAGCCCCGUCUUAUGGGACUGGGUCACCGCUACAGACAUAAUGUUCGUCUUUGACAAGUUGAGUACCUUUGGAGAUGAAAAUUCAGGCGAAGUCGGAGCCAGAGAGAGUUAUUACUACUCUCUGUCUAACCUGGCUGUCGGUGGCCGUUGCAAAUGCAAUGGUCACGCCAGUUCAUGCAGUAAAAACAGCGAUGGUCAAACCGUAUGCAAUUGUCAACACAACACGGCUGGAGAUUCUUGUGAGAGGUGCAAAACCUUUCAUUUCGAUAUACCAUGGUCACGAGCGACGGAGCAAAAUGCUAAGGAAUGUGUCAGAUGCAAAUGUAACCAGCACGCCCGCAAGUGUCACUUCAAUCGGGAGAUUUACAUCCUUUCCGGCUACAAGAGUGGUGGCAUUUGUGUGAAAUGUCGCCAUCAUACUGAUGGACGCAAGUGCAACUACUGCCGACCUCUCUACUACAGAGACCAUUCGAAGCCCAUUCACCACAAAAAAGCUUGCAAAGGCUGCCAAUGCCAUCCAGUGGGGUCGGUUCGGAUGACGUGUAACCAAACUACAGGACAAUGUACUUGUAAGGAGGGUGUAACGGGCUUGAGCUGCAACAGGUGCGCUGAGGGCUACGAACAAACCCAGUCAACCAUUGCUCCCUGUGUCAAGAUCCAUGACGUAAACCCACCUAAUCCAGAUAGCUACUGUCGGAAAUGUAGAAACUCAAGACGCCGGUUAAAUUCUAAGAAAUUUUGCAAGAGAGAUUAUGCGGUGAUCAUACAAAUUUUGUCCCGCGAGAAGGAAGGUGACAACUGGGUGAAAUUUGCUGUCAAUGUGUUAUCUGUGAUGAAGCGGUCAAAAACGAAUAUCCAUAGAGGUCGUUCGGUGAUGUGGAUCUCCAGAAGAGAUUUAGGCUGCAAGUGUCCGAAGAUACGCAUCGGUAGACGACACAUCCUACUGGGAAAUUCGGCUGGAGGCAAUGAGAAUGGCUACAUCAUCAACUCCCGUAGCAUCAUUCUGCGCUGGAAGAAAAGAUGGCACAGAAGAAUUCGCAAGUUUAUUAAAUAUGACAAUAGAAGGAAAUGUUAACUUGAGAGAUGAUGUAUGUAUGUAUGUAUAUAUAUAUACAUACAUAAUUAUGCAUAUAUAUAUACAUAUAUAUUUAUACAUAUAUAUAUACAUACAUACAUACACAAUCAUGGCAGUAAAUAUAAUAAUAUAAAUAUAUAGAAUAAAGACUGGAGAGU